AGUGGGAGAGGGAGAAGGAGGAGGAGAAGGAGGGGGGGAGCAAAUUAAAAGUUGCCAAAUGGAGAUAUUGGGUUUCAAGAGGAGUGAGACAGCAGUAAAAGGGUUCGCCUCUUCGACUCGUCUUUAUGUUCAUAUGCUAAUCGGGAUAAAUAUUUAUGGCUCGCCACGGUUUGGUCCUUUAAGCCUUUUCGACGAGUUCGCGCCGCCGUUUUCCAGACACGGCCGUCGCCGACCUCGCUCUCGGCUAUAGCUAAAGAGCCAGGCCGAUGCGGGACGGCACCGCCCGGACAGCGGCCCCGCCGGGACCCGAGCCGGCCCAGGCGGCCCGGUGGAACCCUUCUAGGUUCGGCAUGGCCACACUAACGUGACGCCGCUGUUCGUGUUGGCAGAUAAAGCCGCGGCGAGGACAAAUGACAGCAGAACCAGCACGUCAGCGACCACGGGCUGCUUGAAUGCGACCAUCGUCAUUCUGUCGAUUCAGUCUAUCUCUGGAAAUAAAACCCGCCAGCUGCACAGUCCAGUGUUUCAAACCGCAGACAAAAAGAGCAGAUUUCAGCCGCUUCUUGCAUGCUAGGGGGGAUUUCCGAGACUUAUAUAAGCCCACACCUGUACAAAACCAUUAAAACGCUUCAAGACAGAUGGCUUGGUUUUUUUUACAGUCGUGAAAUUGAUACUUAAAAAAAAAAAACAACCCAAAGCAUAAUUUACAAAGGCGUCCAGUUCUGCUGAGCCGUUUGCGACUUAUUUCGGUCACCAUGGACACUAACCCGAGCUCCAGUUCACACAUCACGCUUUUAACUGUUAAAAUGGGGGGUUAGAUUUUUUUUUAAAUCUUCUUCGAGUUUAACAUUACUGAAAAAGUAGUGGAGUUUUUAUUUAUUUUUUUUUUUGGCUUUUACUUUUUAUCUGUCCACCCUUGGCGUGGUUUUGAAAUAAAAUACGAUCGUACUUAUUAGUUUCCUAUGUUUGAUUUUAUUGUGGAAAGGUCGCCAUUGCUUCCUCUUAAAAAAUUUUCAACGGCCGUUCAAGGACCAACGACUCGACGACUGUGACAACCGAACAUAUUUUAUUAUACAUCUCAAAACGAUUAGGACUGUGAUUAAAGCCUUUUGUUUUUAGUUUAUAUUUUGUUGCUACGGUAUAUUUACAACGGCUUUGUUUUAGUGUCGCAGCCAGCUCGGUCUUUGUUCUCCGUGGUUCAAAGAUGGAGGCUGGAUGUGGUUCGCCUGCAAAGACAGCCCAGGGACAGCGACGGCCAUUUUACAGCACUGCGGCUGUUUCACACCCUCAACAAUGACAAACAUGCGUUUAGUCUACGUUUAAACAUAACAUCCUUUCAUCUGGGGUACAUUCUUCUCAAAUACCAGCCCAAUUUUACUGGCCCAGCUGCACAAUUUUUAUUUAUUUUUACUUUUAAACAUUUAUUUUAUUUUAUUUUUUUUUACAUAUUUUUACUGCAACAACUCAGUAGACAUUAAAAUACACAUUACUUUGCUGGAUUUAGCACUUUCCCAAUGGCUUGAUUUUGUCCCCCUUUUGUUGCAUCAAUGUUUCACUGCUGGCUGAAACUACACUAAGCCUGACAAUGUGGAGAUGAGCCUGAAAUAACUAACAUAUACCUUGAAAAGGGGGAGUGUUUUGUACCCAAAUGCCCAUUUUUACUCUGCAGACAGAGACAGCCAAUGUAGGACAGCAGAAGAGCUUAAUGGGAGGGAGUUUGUGUGUCUGGCAAGCAUUUGUAGGAGGGGAUGAAGGCCAUCCCAUCCUUUACUAGUAUACUGAAUAACAAACCUUCCCUGCACAUCCCCUGCUUCAUAUACUCACGUUUCUGCUCCACAUAAGCCACUCUGCUGCACCCACAAAGGCAUUUUCAUUAUACUAAAUGCAUUUUCUCCCCCUGCAGCCCAGCCUGUCUCGAGAGAAAAGGUGUUAAAUGACUGAAUCCAUGCUUCCUGCUGGAAAUCUGUGUCAUGGAUGAUGACGACGAUCGCCGUCUUCUGGAUAUUUUAGGAGAUGUGGAUGCACUGAAUGACUAUCUCCAUGGCAGCAACAGCAAGUCUAUUGAGGAAGAUGAUGUGACAAAUGCAGCUUAUGGAUCAGAUGGGUCCUUAUUUGCUAACGACACAGCCGGCUCCGACUCCUGCCUUAAGGAUGGCUCUUCUGCGAUGGGGGAAUUUGGCGAGGACUCGGUCGGGUCAGGCCUCCAGCUCUCCACCAGUCUCUCAUUUAUCGAAGACGAGCUGGGCAGUGAGAGCUCUCCUGCAGAGAUCGAUCUGGGAGGAGAGGACCAACCCUUCGAUAUCCUGCAGAAGUCCCUCCUGGAGGCAGACAUCACGGAGCAGACGCUGGCCCAGGAGGCCUUGCUGGACUCUCAGCCGGCUCCCACUCUCGUGCAGGCUCCCGGUCCCUUCUCCUCCCAGCUGGUCUCGGGAGGCUACGGAAGUGGGGUGGGUGUGGUAACCACGGCGACGGCUGCAUUCCCAGCAGGCCAGUUGCUGCAAGGAAUGUCUCCGCUGCCCAACGGCUCCGCCCAGCACAUCCAGGUGUUGGGCUCGUUCGGGACGGGUGCCGGCGUGAUGACGCUCAGCAGCUUGGAAAGAACUCCUCAGAUCGUGCUCAGGCCCGGGGUGCCUGCAGCCCCGGGGGGGGCCGCGAGAGGGGGGCCCGUAUUUGCCCCUGCUCAAGGGCAAAUAGGCCAAGUCGGCGUACCCUUCAAAAAUAUCCCCCUUCAAAACAUCAUCAUCCAGAGGGGCCCGGGAGGGACCCAGACUAUUGUCAGACCAAUCCAGCCCAAACCCCCCCAAGCCGGGGUGCAGACUGUCUACAGCCUGGGUCUCCAGCCGUCUUCCACCACCGUGGCUAACGUUGUGAACACUAAUGCAGGAGCACAGUACACCUCCAACGGCUCCGUAGUGGUGCAGCCGUCACUGGAGCAGCAGCAGACGCAGGCCCAGACCAACAUGGCCCCCGGGCAGUUCCUGCUGCCCAGCUCUCUGGCUCUCACACAGUCCAGCAGCGUCCAUAACGGCCCCACCAACCCUGGUUCAAACACCAUAAUUACCAGUCAAAACACGGUGCAGAUUGUUGCAGGGCACAACUUCACCGCGUCACCAGGAAGUCAGCUGAUUUUAAAUCAAGGAGUGAUGAGUGGGAGUCAGAUCAGAGGUCCCGUAGCGCAGACGUGGACGGGGGUUUCGUGCGCCAGCUCCACCCCGGUGCAGACAUCCUGCACGACCGGGCGGCUGACUCUGGUCGGCCCAGCAACGGCGGGGAUCGGCGGUCAAGGCCAAGCCUCAGUUUGUCCGGUACAGCGCCUCCUAGUGACUCAACCUCAGAACUCCACCUCUCUGUCCCCCUCACCGGGCAACCUGACGCAGGAACACCAGGACUUCAGACAGAGUUCUUCAUCGCCCGCCUUUAAACAGGUGCAGCUCAGCACCUUACACGCCAUAAAAACCCCAACGCCAGAUUUGAUGCUAAACGCUGAGGUUGGUGCGCAGAAGAAGCCGGUUAUUUUACCCCUUACGAGAGGAGAAAUGGUUUUACAGCAGCUGAGGAGGGAUCACGCUGGAGUUUACAACCCAGAUCGGCUCCAGUUCACUUCAGUGGACGACGCGCUGCUGAGACUCCUGCCUUACCACGUGGUCCACGGGGCUCCACCCAGCCACGACGAGUUCCUGCAAGUGGAUGAGGAGUUUGAGGGUGUCGCGUCUCACGUGUUGAAGAGGACACAGUCCAUGGUGAACAAAUACAGACGGCUGCUGAUGGUGGAAGCUGAGCGUUCCAGUCCGUCAUCAGAAAUAGUGAUGAUUGACAGGACCUUCAACCAAGAGGAGCGCAGCAACCUGACGCAAGACAAGCGCAUGGUCCUGGUGGAUCCAGAUGGCUUCAUGGAAGAGUUCUGUUGUGGGACAAAGUCCAGACUUUUCCAGAACCCCUCCCCCCCUCAGUCGGCCCCCGGCUGUAGCUGGGAUCAGUCUGAACGAGCUUCCGCCGAGCCGCCUUACAGGACAGACUCUCAGCCGGGGUACGAGGACCCGGGUGGGAGUGAGGCUGAGGGAGCGGGUUCCCCAGAGACACUCCACCCGUCACACCCAGAAACCAAGAGGCUGCUGGACCUGAAGAGGUCCCAGCAGUGCUCCAGGUCCAGCAGCGUGGGGAACCACAGCCCCAGCUCUGCUAACUGUCACCCCCAAGGUAAACCCUCGCAUUUUGCAGCGUCAGGAGGACAGAGUCCGUACCAAGCGCUGCACCACCUGUCCCCCCACCCCAUGCAGCCUCAGUACUCACCGCAGCCCAAGUCCCCCGCCCCCCUGGACACAGAUUCAGCUUUAGAGGCCGCCGUCAACAGCAUCCUGGAAUGUUGAGACUGACGUCUCAUCCUCAUCUACACUUUCAGCUUCUUUCGUUUGUACCAGUUUCCCCCUUUUUCAAACUCCCGCGUGGAAACAUGGUUACUCAUCUUUCAGGUCUGUGAUGUUUGCGAUGCGCAGCCAUGUAGCAUGUACGUAGUCGGCAUUGGGAAGGUUUUUGAAGCAUUGCUUCAGAGUGACACCUCAAGGUGAACAGAGGCACUUACUUACCUAUAAAGAUCCGGGAACAUGUGCAAUGCAGUGGAUCGACAUAUGUAAACCUUUGUUUUGUUCAUUUUAAAGUUAUUUUAAAGCAGAAUGGUCCGCAACGCUAGGAAAAAGAAACCGUUUUGCAAGCGAUGCAAGCGUUCCUCUCUUCAGAGACGACAGUUUGUCCCAGUUCAUCUUUUCCUCCCACCGCAGGAGGAAGAGUGCGGCGGCGCUGUGCCUAACUGUAGGUUUUUAUAGGAAAGUGUUUACACAAAGAAGCUCUAGUGUUCAUCAGAUUCAUGGCGAUGUCUCUUUCAAGCUGAGCUCAGUCGAGACUCGUUCAUGUAGACAAAUUGCACUAAACGUCGUCCCUUCAGGAACUGGACCCGAGGGCCGGGUUGAUGCCGAGCACGUUGGGGGAACUAGAAUGUGAGCGCGAAGCAGAACCAAAAUCUGUCUUCCUGCUUCCGGCUGCCUGUAACGAGGACGACCUGAGUCACACUAGAAUCACCCAUCACAUUCAUGUUGCUACACUCAACAGUGCUCUUCUCUUUGUUUCUCUCCGUGUGCUUGAGUCACAUUUUCUUUGGCAUUUUUCUUUUGUACCUUAAAGGUAUGCAAGUCCCGACACAGACGCAGGACAAAUCUUUGAUCAUUUCAUCUCCCGUUUGUGUCCGUGGAGAAAUUAGUCCUCAGAUUGAGGAAGAUAUGUUGAAUGAAUCUUUUUUAUUUAGAUUUUUAUUUCCUCAUUUUUAGAAAUGACAUUUAAGAAGAGGACUGUUUUCGUUUGUCGUGAUGUGUUACCCUGCAUUGUGAACUUGACAGUACCCUCAUCAAAUCGUUAAAUGACCAUAAGGGGUCGUUGAUUGUACGUAUGUUUGUCUGCCUUCUGCAUAGUUAUAUGAUGAUCAUAUCUGUUAAUCUAUGCUUUAUUACCUUGACACAUCUGUCAACGUGUGCUUAUCUACUCACGCACACCGGUUUACAGCUGUUUUUGUGUAGUUUGCCAUAUUUUUCACAUCAUUCCCAAGUGUUUUCCAGUUCUGCACAUUGCUUUUUUUUUUCCUCACUUUGCAGUUGUUCUCACCUUUGCUGUGUUUUCAUUUUCAGCAGCACAACCAAAAAACAUAGAAGAGAGUGGUCUUGUUCAGAAACUCCCUCAGUUUUAUUUAAUGUAUUUUGUUGUAAAACAGGUUUGUGGCACUUGAGGAUAAACAGACUGAUAGUAGGCCUGUAAUAUUCAGAUUUUUACAGAGUAUUUUGGGGGGGUUUCACAGUUUUUAAAACCCCAAACCGUAAAUUUGUUGUGAUAAAUAUUUGAUCCUUGUUGCUAGCUACACAUUUCUAAACCUACUGAAACUGCUCUUUUGAUCCCAGCGCAGUUUCAAUGUUCAAGUUAGAUGUGUAAAAAUGUUCCCAGGGUUGUUUUUUGGAUGGUACCACUUACCUCUUCUGUGAAAUACGAUUGCUCACAGGUGAACGCAGUAGACUGAAGGCCUUUUUAAGUGGGGUUAAAGUUUCUCCUCCUGUUUUUUUUUGUUGUAAUUAUUUUUGGAGUGCCAGCGACCAUCACAGCCUGCCUACAUCUCAACAUCAGCCCUUGCUGACCCGUGUACACUGAGAAAAAACUGGGCUCUGCUUUGGUAGUAAAUAUCUGAAGUCAAGCGAGUGUUAGGUGAGAUUCUGUGUUUGCACCUUCAGGGGACUGCUGCAAGAUUUCGUGCCUCUAUAGCACUUCCAUCCAUACGAAGGUUAGUUUUCUGAUCACAUGAAGCAGGACAUGCUGGUGAAACAUUGUUAUCUGGAUGCAUAUCAAUGUCUCUGGGGCCUGGUAACAAAAUCCUCCCCCACCUGAUCUGCAGACGCUUGUUUUUCUGCACCCACUUUCACUGUUUGUCUCACUUGAUUGUAUAGUUUUGUUUUUCUUUCUCUCUUGUUUUGCAUAUAAAAUGAAGUUAAACAAAAUAUUUAUAAUUUUUGUAUGGACAAAAAAAGAAAUUGUUUAAGGAAAAACAAGAGUAAAAUGAAAAUUAUUUUUAUUGUUUUGGCUGAGAAGCAAUGUCAGUAAAAAUAGUUACAAAAAUGCUGUCAUUUCUUAAUUUGUAGCUAACAUGUUCACUACAGCGGCGAGAAGAACCAACAAUAAAUUCAUUUUGAAUAG